CGACGUGAGCAGUGACGUCAAAAUGGAAAAACGAAACUAACUUGGAUUUUCCGGGGAAUGUCAGGUCGUAAAAACGUAAUAUUUUGAGAUAUUCUGCAGAACAGAAUCAAAGCAAUGCCAUUAGGAGUUAGCGGCUUUGUCGUUGUGACACUUGAAGAAUUGAUUGAAAAUUUAAAACGGAGGAGUGUCUACUGUACUUGUUGUAGGUGUCCCCCUUUACAUUGACUUUUUGGUGAGUGGUGUUGUCUGCUUGUAUCAUGGCCCAAACAAAACCACUCUUCGUUCCCUGGUUGUACCAACAAAUUGAAAGUGAAAAAUACCCCGGAGUGUGUUGGAAAAAUGAAGAAAAAACAAAGUUCUGCAUUCCCUGGAAGCAUGCUUUAAGACAGGACUCAAACAGUGAUGAUGUCCGCAUAUUCAAGGCAUGGGCUCAAACUAGCGCAGCUGGAGAUGGCAGGAUAAAUGGAGACCCUUCUGUUUGGAAAAGAAACUUCCGUAGUGCUCUUCGUGCAAAAGGUUUCAAGAUGAUAUUAGACAACAAAAAUGAUGCUGCGGAUCCCCAUAAAGUAUAUCUAUUUCCAGUUGAUUCUCGUUCUGUGGGAUCUGAGGGGUCUCAAGAGACUGAUGCUUCACAGGAACUGUAUUCAGCGGAUGAAGACGUCUUCACUAAUCUUGCACCGCAUGAUUUGGACCAGCACUUCAUUGACUUAGACCUCAGAGAAAAACCCACACAAGGUUUUGUGUGUCAUGCUGAACAACAGCUGUACCAAGAAACCAGUUCAUUUACCAUGGAAAGUGAUACUGGAAUAGUGCACUUUCCAAACCAGGAAUCUCAUGAACCUUUUUCUUCGGCAGUAGGCGCUUUUGGUGGAUCAGAGCAAACUUUGCAUCUUGAGGGGACAUCAGUGGGUGAUUUUUCAGCAGCUGAAAGAAUGUCUGAUAAGGCAACAUGUUACCCUGAUGAGGAACAUGUGCGUAAUCAGGCUGCUACUUCUGGGACAAAUGAAACAUAUUUUCAGAUUAAGGUUUAUUACAAAGGGAAGAUGAUGUUAGAUCAGUUGUUGAAGAAUGACGCUGGUUUCCGACUGAUUUAUCAGGAGAGCAGGGACUCCAGUGUAAUGGAGAGUGCUUUACCAGUGGUAAAACUACCUAGUCCAGAUAGUAUUCAGGAUCAGACGCAGGCAAGACAUACAAGGGAUAUCCUGGAGAAUCUGGGGGGUUUGGAGCUUAAGAAAUUGGAUAGUGUGGUUUGGGGCCAUCGUUGGGGAAAAACCAGGGUCUACUGGGGUGUGUGCAAACAUGAAAAGAGCCAAACAGCCAGAGAACUCUCCAAAAACACACCCCAAGUCAUCUACUUUUUUAAGGACUAUAUAUCAGGUAUGAUGGAGUUUCUUCAGAAAAGCAGUGGACCAUCUCCAUCUUACACCCUCUACUUUUGUUUGGGAGAAAAGUGGCCAGACCCUAAAAUGAAACCAUGGGAGAAGAAACUCAUAAUGAUUGAGGUUGUUCUGACUUCACUUGAGAUUUUGAAGACGAUGGCCCUUGAAUGUGGAGCCUCCUCACUUCAGUCAAUGGAGCUUCAAGUCUCUUUGGAGCAAAUGAUGGAGUUAUGUUAGAAAGCUCAUGUUAGCAGUAAAAGGUUGCACUUAAUUGUGUCUCUUGAAUCUAUUUCUAUUUAUUAAACAAUUUCUUAAAAUGUUAACUCAGAUAAUAGGAAAUGAGAAUUGAAUGAGUGGAGUUUUUUUAAUAAAUAAUCAACACAAAUUGCAAUAAAGCAGUGUAAAAUUAA